AAAAAAAUGACAAUUUAAAAAAAAAAAGUUAAAUUAUUAUUAUAAAUUUAUAAAAUUAUCAGUUAUGAUAAACAGUGUUGUUAAAAAUGAGUUUACUAUCACUUACAUCCGGGGUAAUUAGACUCAGAAGCCAUUUAAUAAACCUACGAUGUUUAAGCGAUCAGAAAUUACCAAAGCCUAAUUUAAGAUUCAAGGAAGCUCAUCCAAAAUCUAAGCUUUUUGACUCCAAAGCCGAAGUAGCCGAGUAUGAGAAACAGCAAAAAAAUGAAUCAGGUCCCAUAAAAUGGAUUUUGCUUGGUGUACCAAUCGUGACUUUUAUUCUUGGUACCUGGCAAGUAGAGAGGCGUAAAUGGAAACUUAAUUUGCUCGAAGAUCUCCACAGAAGGACGCACUCUGAACCAAAACCUUUGCCAGAAAAUCUGUCAGAGCUAUUGGAAAUGGAAUACUGUCCCAUCAAAGUAAAGGGAAAAUUCUUGUAUGAGAAAGAGUUUACAGUAGGUCCAAAAAGUUUGAUUGUUGACGGUGUUGGUACAUCGGAAAAAGGAGGCGGAGGUGGUAUAAUUGGAGGCGGAGGACGUACUGGAUUCUGGGUGAUUACUCCAUUCAAAUUAGAAGAUCGUGACCUGACAAUUUUGAUCAACCGAGGCUGGAUUCCGACGAGGAUAGACAAGUAUCCAGUUAAAAAAUUAGCACAUAUUCCAGGCACUUUCGAGAUAACAGGAUUACUGAGGUUACAUGAAGAGCGACCACCAUUUAUGCCCAAGAAUAAACCUGAGAGCAAUUUAUGGUUCCAUAGAGAUCUCAGAGCCAUGGCAGAGGCUACCUGUGCUGAUCCGAUUUAUCUUGACUUGGUAGCACGUGAUGGUGCACCUGGUGGUCCAAUUGCUGGACAGACGCGUGUGUAUCUGAGGAAUGAACACUUUAGCUAUAUUGUUACUUGGUACUUGUUGUCAAUAAUAACAUCUUGGUUUUGGUACAGAUUAUACAUACAAAAACUACCACUUUUGUAAUUUUGUCAAUAAACAUAAGUCACUUAUAA